AUGGGCAUCUUCGAGCAGGUCCACGAGCCAUGCAAGCCGACGCUCACCACCAUCCUCUCCAACCCGCUCCUCCUCCAUCUCAUAUCGCCAUACAUCCCCCUCCCCUCCCUAAUCGCCCUCUCUGCCACCUGUCAUGACCUACACGGCCUCUUCGAUGCCUCCCCUGUCCCCUACCGCCGUCUCGAGCUCUCCCCUCUCCGCCACGCCUAUCCCCCACCCCCCCGUCCUCUCGCCAUCGGCGGCACGGAACAACGCACACAGCAGAUGGAUGAUUCGCUCACCGCGUCGGACUUCUACUCCGCCCCGCUCCGGGGGAUAUUCGCGCAGCUCUCCCGCAGACACAUGCUCAACCACAUCAGCACGAUGGUUUUGGACGGUCUGGCGGUCACGGCGGAGUUGGUCCGGGAGAUCAUCUGCGAGGACCGCUUCAAUGUGCGCGUGCUGAGCAUCCGCGAGGUUAAGCAUCUCAACGAGCUCGCGCUGCGGCAGACGCUCCUCUAUGCCGCACGACCUGGACGCGCAGAUGGCGCGUUGAAGCUUCGCGCGCUGUAUGUCUUCGGGGGCCGUGAUCCAUUGGAGGAAGCGGAAGAUAGCGGCCGAGGCGCCAGGACACGACGUGCGCGGACGCGCAGCCCGCUUCCCGCGACUGGCCGACCGGCGCCGCGGAGUCCACAUCUGGAGGGCCAGGAAAAGGUUAAGGAAAAGCCCAUGAAAUCCUGGUAUCACCCUUCGGGGCGCAUCCUCCCCCGCCGACCCGAUGUCGACUGGGCGACCGUCCUGCAUGCCUGUGAGGGACUCAUCUACUUCGACGCGGUGCUGUGUCGUGGACCCCGCCACAACCCGUGUCAUUCCCUCCUCUCCUCGCCCCCCUCCUAUCUUCCCGCGGCUCCAACCCCCCCCGCAACCCUUACCUACCUCCCUCCCGCCAUCGCCACCAUCGCCCUCGGCCACGGCUGCACUUCCUGCACCUCUUGCCCCGAAUCCCCCGCGAUCUACGGCUCCUCGCCCUCCCCCCAGCUGCCGCUGCUCGCGCCGCCGCCGCUGCACGCGAGCACCGUGCGCGCGGCGCAGUGCCCCCUGGGGAUGCUGGAGCGGUGGAACGCGACAGAGACGGGGUACGAGAGCGCGUGGCCGCCGAGGGUGUAUGCGCGGUGCGAGGCGUGCUUGAAGCAGCGGUGGUGUGAGCGGUGUGGGAAAUGGUGGUGCGAGGAGUGUUACGAUCCGGGACGAGGGGGUGGGGUGCAUGGAGGCGGGGAAGAGGCGGAACAUGUGGGUGUGCAUGAUCAGGGAGGGCAGGUGGAGGAGAAUGAGGUGACGAUGGAUGAGGAGCAUACGCAGCCAAUGGGCUCAAAGAGGGAGUGCUUUGGAUGCGGUCAGACUUGCCACUCCUGCACCAAACAAUUCAUCCGCCCGUGCCGCACCUGCCGGAACGAAUACUGCGUCCUCGAUAAUGACGGGAGCUCGGCGACAGACUGCGAUUGGUGUCGCUACAGCGGCCGGCGGACCCUGGAUCCGUACUGA